AUGGGGCCAAGAGAGAAAAAGAUGUCAGAAAGGAACAUCUGAUAGUUUUCUGCCCUUUGAGAUAGAUAUCCCUGUUAUUAUAACUUGAGUUGUUUUUGUGUUUAUGAACUCAUAAGUGGUUUGAGUUGGAGGAGGCCUUUAGGCAUCGUCGAGUCCAACCACCCUGCCGUGGCAUCUUUCGCUGGAGCAGAGCCGUGUCCGACCUGGCACUGAGCACUUACAAAAUGCUAUUCCACAGCUUCUUCGGACAACCUGUUCCAGAGCCUCACCACCCUCAUUAUGAAAAAUUUCUUCCUUGUAUCUAAUCUAAAUUUACUCUUUUGGUUUGAAACCAUUGCCUCUUCUCCUGUCACUACAUGCCAUUGUAAAAAGAUGCUGUUGGCAUUCUGGGCCACAAGAACACACUGCUGCCUCGCAUCCAGCUUUUCAUCCACCGGCAUCCUGACGUUCUGCUCCACAGGGCUUCUCUCCAUCCAUCCCCAAGUCUGUGCUGAUGUAUGAGAUUGCCGCAACCCACGUGGCAUUAUUGCACUUGGCAUCAUUGAUCUUUAUGAGGUUCACGUGAACCCACUUCUUAAGCCUGUCAAGUUCCCUCUGGGUGGCAUUUCUCCUGGAUGGUAUUUUGGCUGCACUGUUCAGGUUGGUGUCAUCCUCAGACUUGCUGAGGGUGUGCUCACUCCCACUUCUGUGUUGUUAAUGAAGUUAUUAAACUACUGGGGCCUCUAUGGGACAUCACUUAUCUCUGAUCUCCACCCAGCUAUCAAACCAUUGACCGCAACUCCUUGGCUGCAGCUAUCCAGCCAAUUCCUUAUCCACUGAACAGUCCACCCUUCAAAUCCACCUCUCUCUAUUCAGAGACAAGGGUGUUGUGUGGGGCCACGUUAAAGGCCUUACAGAACUUCAAGUAGAUGACGUUUGUCACUCUUCUCUUGUCCAGUGAUGCAUUCACUCCAUCGUAGAAGGCCACCAGAUUGGUCAGACGUGAUUUACCCUUGGUGAAGCUGUGCUGGCUGUCUCAAAUCACCUCCCUUGAUUUCCAGUUGCCUUAAUAUAGCUUCCAGGAGGAUCUGUUCCAUGAUUUUCUCAGGCACGGAGAUUUCUCUUCCAGAGGUCAAUAAGGACUUGAUGACAUGAAUCUGGAAAUUUCCAGGAUGGCACACUCUUUGAAUGAAUGGCUAUGGCAGCACGAGUUCUGGCUCCCCCCAGGAAUUACAUGGGAGGACAUGAAGGAGUCUGAAGACAUCCACUACCCUAAGCCUCGUGAUCUCCUGCUCAGCAUCCCUUUUGCCUUAAUCCUGGUUGUCAUUCGAUGUGUCUUUGAAAGAGCCAUAGCCCUGCCUCUCAGUGCCAAACUAGGUGUGAAGGACAAGUUGAGACCUAAAGCUCAGCCCAUCUCCAUUCUGGAAACAUUCUACACUGUGAAUUGUAGGAACCCUAAAGAGGGUGAGCUGAUCAGUUUAGCCAAACAAUGUGACCUGCCAGUGAGAAAGGUGGAGAGGUGGUUCCGGCGCCGGAGGAACACCGACCGACCGAGCCUGUCGAAGAAGUUCUGUGAGGCCUGCUGGAGGUUUGCAUUUUACAUCGUUUCUUUCUUCACUGGGCUGGCUGUACUGUAUGAUAAGCCUUGGCUUUGGGACCAUAGAGAGUGCUGGACAGGUUACCCACAACAGCCUCUCCAGCCCUCUCUGUUCUGGUACUACAUGCUGGAGCUUUCCUUCUACUGCUCCCUGGUCUUCACCUUGCCCUUUGAUGUGAAGAGGAAGGACUUCAAGGAGCAGAUAGUCCAUCAUGCUGCAACCAUCUUCCUGAUCAGUUUCUCAUAUUGUGCCAAUUACAUCCGCAUUGGGACACUGGUGAUGGUGAUUCAUGAUGCUUCUGAUUGCUUCCUAGAGCCAACUAAGAUAUUCAAUUACAUGAAGUGGAAAAAAACCUGUGACAGCCUCUUCAUGAUCUUCUCAGCUGUCUUCCUCAUCAGCCGCCUGGUCAUUUUCCCCUACACAGUGCUCUAUAACACCUACUACUAUUCCAUGGAGAUAUUCCAGCCCUUCUUUGGAUACUACUUUGUGAAUGCUCUCCUGAUAACUCUACAGUUGCUUCACAUCUUCUGGUCCUGCCUUAUUAUUCAUAUGGUCUACAAGUUCAUGCUCCAGGGCACGAUGGAAAAGGACAUGAGAAGUGAAACAGAAGAGAGUGACGUGGAUGAAGAAAGAGAAAACAUGAUGGAAAAAGAGAAAAAUGGGAUUGCACGUUUCAGCAAUGUCACGAGCAGCAAUGACAUCCAGAGGAAUGGGUCUGAGCCACUGAACAGCAGAGCCCAUCUCACCAAUGGCCACGUCAAGGAAAGAUAGCCCUCUUUGUGUCUGUCAUGAAUCCGGUCCACCAUCUUUAGAAGCAGUUUUGCUUGUUGUAUAGAUAUAAAAGAUUGCAAUUGCAGUAUCAUAACUAAUUUGUUUUUAUUGUAAACAGAAUUGUGUACAGUCAGUGAUAUCUGAGGGGAGUUUUUGGUCUUUCUUCAACAUAAGUUUUCUGUAGGUUGUAGCCUUGAGGCAAAUAGAAGGGGAUCCAAGUGGUUUGACUUGAACUAGACAAUAUCACAGCAGGUGUUAAACACGUUGAUCUUAAAAAACACUCAGAACAGUGGAUGAUGUUGGACAAUGUCACCUCUUAACUGCCUAAUGCUGUUUGAUAGGAAUCUAUUUGGAAUGGCCUCUGGAAGCCAAAGCCCACUGCCACUAAUGACUAUGGACAGGAAGUGUGAAACUCUAAACCUUAACACAGGGACACCUCCUUCAAGAGCAGAGGUGCCCCAUAUGUACUCAUAACAUUGAAACUGUGUAUAGUGGUAUAAAAGCUUUGGAAAGAUACAGGAGAAAACAUUUUCGUACAGGAAAUGCUGCUGUGUGCCAUGUGACUGGUUUUGUAACGUAUGGAUCUCAGUCCCUUCUCUUGUCAGCACUGUUGCCUCAAAGGGGGGGAACUCCAAAGGCUGUAAUGAAGAGAGUUCCCACCCCAGUCGUGGUUGUAGGGGCUAGAAAAUCCAAGCAGUUGUGUCUCAGCUGUCAGAUAAUGAAUCCCAUCUUGGAAAGUAACAAUUUCAGGAGAAGAGAGGGGACAAGGAAAUUGACAUUCUAGAAGACAACACCGAUCAAGUGCUCAUGAUUUUAUGUAGGAUGAUUGGCACAGUGGGAGAUAUUUGCAGUGAGCUUGUGGUAAGAAGGGAAUAGAACACCCCUGUUCUCAGAGGGAGAAGAAUCAGAGAAGAUCUGCUGAACUUCAUGGCACAAUGCUUUAAUUUAGGCUUCUAAUUCUGGGGCCGCUGCCUAGAUGUGCUGGGAGUUUAAAGCAGUAGGCGGUGAAGUCAUGAUGCAAUUCUGAUUCAUUCCUUUAGACGUUUUGUAUCUUAUAUCCUGUGUAGUUUUAGACUUUUGAUUCUGUAAUGCCUUAGGAGAGUUAAAUAGGUAUGGCACAGAUUUCUGUCUUAUAGAUCUAUUAAACUAUGAAACCACAUUACUAACAGAUUUGCUGUUACAAUAGCAGGGACUUCGUCUGCGCAGGCCAUGCAGACACUUCCCUGUCUGUGCCUGGCAAGGUCCAGUGCUAACUGAUGGACACGGACCAAGGAAAUGCCCAAUUCUAGGAGGUGAUGCACAUUUAUAAAGUUAAGAGGCAAAUGACAGUCUAGUAGGAUGAGGGUUUUCAGCAGCUCACCAAGUUCGCCUGAAAUAUGACUGGGGAAGCUUUGAUUUUAGCCUUUGCUCUUAGGUUUCAAUCAAAAUAUAUUGGAUAACUUCAGAGGGAAAAGUGGUUCCAGCACAGGUGAUUCGAGGUCAGUGACAUACUCAGAGCAGAGCAUCUCUUCCUGCAUCAUCAUUUCAUGUGGAUCAUUAAAUCCAUGUUUGUUGAAGAUAGCUUCUCUCUGGAUGUUGGGGUAAUUUAGAGUUCAGAGUACAAUUUCUGUAUACGGUCAUGUUUCUGUAAUCCACAAGUGCAAUCUUGCCACUCCUCUGCAGGCGGUGAGCUCAGGAGGAAUGGUUAUGUAUCGUUUUGUACUACUGAAUGUAACAGUUCUUUGUAAAUUACUUUUGAACGGUU